GUGGUUUCCUCUGGAGGGGAGGAACUCAGGCUUGCCAGCCCCAUCCCUGGGCUUCUGGGCCUCAGCUGCUCUGGCAUGGAGAGUGUGGUACAGCCUUCAGUGUUUGUGGUGGAUGGACAAACGGACAUCCCGUUCAGACGCCUGGGACAGAACCACAGGAGACAGCGUUGCGGCAUUGCCCGAGUCAACCUGGCCCUGAUACUGCUGCUGGGUGCCGGGCUGGCCACCCAGGGCUGGUUCCUACUGAGACUGCAUCAGCGACUUGGGGACACAGCGACUCGCCUACCGGACGGAGACACAAGCUCCUGGGAGAAGAUGACCCAAGAGCACCGGCGGUCUCAACAGGCCAACCCAGCAGCACAUCUCACAGGGGCCAACGCCAGUUUGAUAGGCAAGGGUGGACCUCUGCUAUGGGAGACUAGCCUUGGCCUGGCCUUCUUGAGGGGCCUGAGAUAUCACAAUGGAGCUCUGGUGACCACGGAAGCCGGCUACUACUAUGUAUACUCGAAAGUACAGUUGAGCGGUGUGGGCUGCCCCCAGGGCCUGGCCAAAAUCCCCAUCACACACGGGCUGUAUAAACGUACAUCCCGCUACCCGAAAGAGCUAGAACUGCUGGUCAGUCGGCGGUCACCCUGUGGCCGGACCAAUACCUCCCGAGUCUGGUGGGACAGCAGCUUCCUGGGCGGCGUGGUGCAUCUGGAAGCAGGGGAAGAGGUUGUGGUUCGUGUACCUGGGGACCGCCUGGUCAGACCACGGGAUGGCACCAGGUCCUAUUUUGGAGCAUUCAUGAUCUGAAGGCCAUGGUGACAUGGGUUGAUGGCAAGGGGGCGCCUCUUCAAGACGGACCUCAAACCCAGCAAGCAGGGAUCUUGGAGUUCCCCAUAAGGAUCCCCAAAUUCUGCAGGUGGAGCUCAGGAACCAUGUACAAUGCUGACCUGCUUUGGGAAAUCUUCAAAUUGAAGACUUGGGGUGUGGACCCCAGGAAUGUAGGGUCAGCCCAUUUGCCUGAUAUUCAGGAAGA